AUGACAGCCACCGAACUUCCUCCCACGCAGACCGUAGCCUGGAUUGAGAACCCUGGACCCAAUGGCAAGCUGGUUAUCCGUCGCGACGUCGAGAUUCAGCAACCGGCCGAGGACGAAGUGCUGGUGAAGAUGGAAUGCUCGGGUAUCUGUCAUUCCGACUGCCAUAACGUCCGAGCCAUGGGCGUCUACACUGAUGUACCGGGACACGAGGGCGUUGGAGUCGUCGUCAAGCUCGGUCCUGGGGUGGCCGAGUCCUUGCUGGAUCGGAGGGUGGGCAUUAAAUGGCUCUGGCGGGCCUGUAAUCAGUGCUCUGCUUGUGCUGCUGGCUUGAUCAACAACUGUCCUAAGCAGCUCAAUACUGGACGCAGUGUGCGCGGGACGCUGCAACAGUACGUCGUCGCGCACUCCCAGUUUGUAACGCUUAUCCCAGAGGGCGUGCCGAGCGAAGUGGCCGCUCCUUUGCUCUGCGCUGGACUGAGCCUGGCCGGUGCCGUCUCCAAAUGUGCGCCAGAAGUCAAGCCGGGGCAGUGGCUGGCCAUUGUGGGUGCAGGCGGCGGAUUGGGACACAUUGGGGUGCAAAUCGCGGCGAGGACGAAAGGUUACAAGGUCAUUGCGGUUGACCGUGGCGAGGAAAAGGAGAGAUUGAGCAUGGAGAUGGGAGCCACGGCUUUUGUGGACUUCGCCAAGGAGGACGUGGUAAAGACAGUGAGGUCCUUGACCGACGGAGAGGGAGCACAUGCAGUUAUAUGUGUAGCAGGGUCUGAGAAGGCAUAUGAGCAGGCACCCGAUCUUGUACGGAACAAUGGCGUUUUUGUAUGCGUUGGCCUGCCACCUCCGACCUUCAUGUUCCCAAUGUCCCCAAUCCAGAUUGCCAAUAGGGGCCUCAUUAUCAAAGGCUCCUCGACCGGCACUAGCCAGCAGAUGGAUGAGCUCCUACAAUACGCGCUCGAAGGUAAGAUCACGCCAAAGGUGGAGGUCUUCGACUUUGACGACUCCCCAAGAAUCAUUGAGGAGUUGAUGCGGUACGAAGUCACUGGCAGGAAGGUAGUGAGAACACCACUGUGA